AUGGCUACAGCUCGGGUCUUGGUGCUGGUGACCGUGGUGCUGGGCUUGACCAGAGCCGGCCCUGUCCCUACUUCCAAACCCACCACAACCAGGAGGGGCUGCCACAUGGACAGGUUCCAGUCUCUGUCACCCAGGGAGCUAGAAGCCUUCAAGAAAGCCAAGGACGCCUUGGAAGAGUCGCUCUCCCGGAAGAACUGGAGCUGCAGCUCUCGCCUCUUCCCUAGGUCCAGGGACCUGAGACUCCUGCAGGCCUGGGAGCGUCCCGUGGCCUUGGAGGCUGAGCUAGACUUGACACUGAAGGUCCUGGAGAACAUGACUGACUCAUCGCUGGGGGUCACCCUGGACCAGCCCCUCCGCAUGCUGCACCACAUCCACUCGGAGCUCCAGGCUUGUGUCCCGGCUCAGCCCACAGCAGACCCCAGGCCCCAGGGCCGCCUCCACCACUGGCUGCACCGGCUCCAGAAGGCCUCCAAGGAGUCCCAGGGCUGCCUCGAGGCCUCCAUCACGUUCAACCUCUUCCACCUCCUCACACGGGACCUGAAAUGUGUUGCCAAUAGAGACCUGUGCGUCUGA